AGUGCCAAGAGCAGAGAUAGCCUGGCACUGGGCUGAGGUUGCCCGGUUUACAGGAAUAGGCUCCACUCCUCAAGCUCUCUAAGCUGGCCCCCUCCAGGCCUUGAUCUCUGCCUUCUUGUUCUGAGGCCCUCUUUCCUCAGGCUUCCAUCAGCUCUUCUCAGUGACUCAUGAACACUCUGGCAGUAUGAACUGUAUAUCAGACUUCUUCACCUACGAGACUACCAAGUCAGUGGUGGUGAAGAGCUGGACCAUUGGAAUCAUCAACCGAGCCGUUCAGCUUCUGAUCAUCUCCUACUUUGUGGGGUGGGUUUUCUUGCACGAAAAGGCCUACCAAGUGCGGGACACAGCCAUUGAGUCCUCUGUGGUAACCAAGGUGAAGGGCUUCGGACGCUAUGCCAACAGAGUCAUGGAUGUGUCUGAUUAUGUCACUCCACCCCAGGGCACCUCUGUCUUUGUCAUCAUCACCAAGAUGAUCGUCACUGAGAACCAGAUGCAAGGAUUCUGCCCAGAGAAUGAGGAGAAGUAUCGGUGUGUGUCGGACAGCCAGUGUGGACCUGAGCGCUUCCCAGGAGGGGGGAUCCUUACUGGUCGAUGUGUGAACUACAGCUCUGUGCUCCGGACCUGUGAGAUACAGGGCUGGUGCCCCACGGAGGUGGAUACUGUGGAAAUGCCCAUCAUGAUGGAAGCUGAGAAUUUCACUAUUUUCAUCAAGAACAGUAUCCGUUUCCCCCUCUUCAACUUUGAAAAAGGAAACCUCCUGCCCAACCUGACAGCCAGGGACUUGAAGACUUGCCGCUUCCACCCUGAAAAGGCUCCUUUCUGCCCCAUCUUGCGAGUGGGAGACGUGGUCAAGUUCGCGGGACAGGAUUUUGGCAAGCUGGCCCGCACGGGUGGAGUUCUGGGCAUUAAGAUUGGCUGGGUGUGUGAUUUAGACAAGGCCUGGGACCAGUGCAUCCCCAAAUACUCCUUUACUCGGCUGGAUGGCGUUUCUGAGAAGAGCAGUGUCUCCCCAGGCUACAACUUCAGGUUUGCCAAGUACUACAAAAUGGAGAAUGGCAGCGAGUACCGCACACUGCUGAAGGCUUUCGGCAUCCGCUUUGACGUGCUGGUAUACGGGAACGGGACUGUUCUCUGUGACAUCAUCCUGCUCAAUUUCCUCAAGGGGGCCGACCAGUACAAAGCCAGAAAGUUUGAGGAGGUGAAUGAGACAACACUGAAGGUGGCUGCCUCGGCCAACCCAGUGUUUCCCAGCGACCAGACCACUGAGGAGAAGCAGUCCACAGACUCAGGGGCCUACUCCAUUGGCCACUAGGGCCUGUUCCAAAAGCCCCAUGCUCAUCCUUGGGCUGAAGGAUCUCCAAAAGGGGAU